AUGGAGAUGAAGGUGGUCGCUGCAUAUUUGCUCGCUGUUUUGGGAGGGAAGACCAGCCCCUCAGCUGCUGAUUUGAAGGACAUUCUCGGAUCAGUUGGAGCUGAGGCCGAUGGUGACAGGAUUGAGUUGCUGUUGUCUGAAGUCAAGGGCAAAGAUAUUACAGAACUAAUUGCUUCGGGAAGGGAGAAGUUGGCGUCUGUUCCAUCUGGUGGUGGUGCAGUUGCUUAUUCAGCACCUGCGGCUGAUGCUGGUGCUGCAGCUCCUGCCGCUGCUGAGCAGAAGAAGGAAGAGAAGGUCGAAGAGAAGGAAGACACAGAUGAUGAUAUGGGAUUCAGCCUUUUCGACUAA